AUGGCUGCGAACACGGAGCGUACUCCCCUGCUGGGCAACCAGCCCCCCGCGCAUGCCGAGGACGAGGCGGCCCUCGCGCAUGAGAGCGCUUUCAGUGCUUUCCAGGAUGCCGCCCACGGUGUGGACCCCAACUCGUCCGCCUUUGCCCCCCCCGCGGACCACUCGCACGUUACCAGCGCGACGCCUGGCGAGGCAAUCGCCGAGGCCGAGGCGGGCCGUCCUCUUGGCGCGCUCCUGCUGGUGAUGGGCGCGAUGUGGAUCGGUACUUUCCUCGCUGCCCUGGACGGCACGAUCGUCGCCACCAUUCUCGGCACCGUUGGCUCCGAGUUCGGCGUGUCCAAGACGGUCGGCUGGCUCGGUACCUCGUACCUGCUCACGCAGACCGCCUUCCAGCCGCUGUACGGCCGUCUGUCGGACAUCUUUGGCCGCAAGCCUGCGACGCUCUUCGCCUCGAGCGUGUUCCUGGUCGGCUCCCUCUUCUGUGGUCUCUCGCGCAGCUUCACGCAGCUGUGCAUCGCGCGUGCCAUUGCCGGUAUCGGCGGUGGCGGUCUGACGUCGAUGGCGACGAUCGUCACCUCGGACCUCGUCUCGCUCAAGGCGCGUGGCACCUGGCAGGGUCUCGGCAACCUGGUCUUUGCGACGGGUGCCGCGAUCGGUGGCCCGCUCGGUGGCACGCUCGCCGACGGCGGUAUCGGCUGGCGCUGGGCGUUCCUGGUGCAGGUUCCCCUGUGUGUCGUGCACUUUGCCGUGGUCUCGUGGAAGAUCAACAUCCCUGCCGGCCCCGGCUCGGUCCAGGAGAAGCUGCGCCGUGUCGACGUGUGGGGCGCGCUCUCGCUCGUCAGCGCGGUCGCCUCGGUGCUCGUCGGUCUCAACCUCGGCGGCAACGAGCUGCCGUGGAGCCACCCGCUUGUGCUCUCGACGCUUAUCGGCGGCCUGAUCCUCGCCGGCGUCUUUGUGUACGUCGAGCGGAACGUCGCGCGUGAGCCGCUGAUGCCCAUGUCGGUGCUCUUCCACCGCACGCCCGGAUUUGUGGCGCUGACCUGCUGGUUCAUCUCCAUCUCCCAGUUUGGUAUUCUGUUCAACGUGCCCCUCUACUUUACUGCGGUGAAGGGCACGACGGCGGCCGACGCCGGCAUGCACCUCAUGCCGAAUGCGAUCACCGCGUCCGCGUGCUCGCUCGGCAGCGGUCUCGUCAUGGGCCGCACCGGCAAGUACCGCAAGAUGCUGCUGCUCGGUGGUGCCUUUGCCGUGCUCGGUCCGCUGGGCAUGUGCUUCUGGAACCGCAAGACCACGUCCGAGUUUGCCUACUGGAUGACGAUGCCGUGGGGCGGUGCCGCGUUCGGUAGCAUCCUCACGAUCACCCUCGUGGCGCUCAUCGCCUCGGUCGACCCCAAGGACAUGGCCCCGGCUACGGGUGUUACCUACCUCUUCCGCGCGGUCGGCUCGGUGCUGGGUAUCUCGCUGUCCAACACCCUGCUGCAGAACGCGCUCAAAUCGAACCUGCGCUACCGCCACGUCCCUGCCGAGAUCGCCGAACAGAUCCGCGAGAACGUCUCGAUGCUGCACCAGCUCACCGGCAAGCUCCACUCGCACGCCGUCCAGGCCUACCAGGACUCGAUGCGCGCCGUGUUCAUCUGGAUCGCCCUUACCGGCUUCCUCGCUUUUGUCUGCCUCUUCUUUAUCGAGGAGAAGCCGCUCCCCGGCCACCAGCCGGCGCCGAGCGCGCCGCGCGACAACGCCGAAGACGCAUAG